GGACUGUGUGAGUGACCCUUCACUCUUACUUCCCCUUCUGUUCGUGCGAAGCAGAAGCACAGACAUGCCGAGGGUUUAAAAGGGCAACACAGUCACUGCUGCCAGCUUCAGUCUCUUGCUUCAUCAGCAGUGAGCACAGCUGGCACCAUGGAUCUGAAGGAUUCUCUGGUAAAGGGAGGCGUGCUGAUCAACCACCAGAUUCAGGAGGGAAAGCACCAGUAUGAGGUGGAGAAUGUGGUGAAGUACAAGAGGGCGAGUGGAGGAAAGCCGUUUGCCAGGAGAGGAGACAAACUGAUGCAGAUAAACGGGAUAGACGUGCAAGAUCUCACACCUGAGGAGUUGGCACAAAUGUUAGCUGAUGGUAAUCCAAAGCUGACGGUGCACAAGAGCGGCAGGAUGAAGGAGCACCCUGAGCCGUCCUCACCAGCUGAGGAAACUUUACGUCCCUUCUCCAAAGAGUCCACAGUGCUCAGUUUCUGCAUGGAGAUGAAGAGGGAGGAAGACCUGGAGGAGAAUGAGAUGGAGCAGGAUGGGGAAGGAAGAGGGCAUGUGGGUACGGAGGAUGCUUGUAAAGACAAAGAGAAUGGGGAGUGUUCAUCUGAUCUGCUCAUUGUCACCAUGACGCAAACCAGCAUCUCUGUGGUGAGCGGGAGGGGAUGCGAGGACGGGAGCCCCUGUCAGGGGUGUAAUGGGUCAGGAUGCACCUUGAAUGACGUGGUGGUGGUGGCCGAAUCCAGCACGGUGGUGCUUGUUCCAAGAGGAAGUGGAAGUUUCAGAGUGGAGAAGCCGUCUGACGUAGAGAUUGAACACGUGGCCACUCACUACUACCUCAGAGGUCUCUGCUCUCAAAGGGCCCUCUACGCUUCACCAAAUCCAGAAAAGAUCACCAUCUACUCCUACAAGUCAAACUUUGUGGAAAAGAUUUUCAGAGGGAUGCCAGUGGUCCUAAACUUCACUGGCUCCAACUGCUUCGUCAGGUGCUGCAAGGAAGGAGACAGUGUGCGGCUGCAAGUGGAGACGUGUGAGAAGCAGAGCCUGAUGCAGAUCUCCAAAAGCGAUGCGAACGCCCUCUCCUACGUCUUCUACAUGAAGUCCGACCGGUCAAAACAGAGGAAAUUUGAGUCAGCGCUGCAUCUCGGUUGGUUCAUCCAAAUCGUCAACACAGACUUCGUGGACAUGGGAACCUGGGAUGAGGCUGAGGGAGAGCGGGCGUUCCUCUUCAUCAUCAAGAAGUGACGGAGGGUCACAAGUCACACUUACUCUCAGUUCUCAGUCAGGUCAGCAUAAGGGGAGACACUAAAGGUGAUAUCAUUGUUUUUUUUCAUGCUCUGGGUAAUUUGAAGUUGUUGGACUGUUUUCUCGUCUUUCUUUCAAAAAUACACAUUUAGGUGUUAUUUUAGUUGAGAUUUAUUUAAUGGAAUGUGGCAGUAUUUAAUUAGAAAGGCUUAUUUGCAAAUUGAAACUUUCUAAAUUAUUAGAAACAAAAUAAUUGUUUUGUAAGGAAUCAACUCUAGUUUCACAGUGUAGUGUCUCCCCUUAACAUUUAAAAUUCUCUCAUGAAUUUUGACUUGAAGAUGAUGUCAAACAGAAAACCAACACACGGAGCUCUUUUUCAUGAGCCACCCGGUCCAGUGAUAGAAAACAGUGUCACUGUGUCAAAUUCUGCUAUUGCAGAAAAGCGUAGAUAUGUAUCAUACAACUAUAUGAAAUUUAAAAAAUGUUUUGCGUAUGUUCAGACUUUCAUAUGUGAUGUCACUCUUGGUAAUCAGUUAUGUUGUUUAAAGUGACCCUCCAAGCUAAUUGUUUUUUUGUUUUUGUUUUUUUGCAAACAUGAAUCUUUUGUAUUCAACAUAUAACUUUUAUCAAACAUUUAUUGUAUUUUCAAAACAGGUAGAGCAAACAAAGGAUUUUGAUAAUAACUUUAUUUAACACUUUCUAAUGUACAUUUUUUAGAGAUUUUGUGAACACCAUUAAACUAUAAGCAUGAGUCUGAAUGAGUAGUUCUUUGUUUUACAGUGGAACAACAGGGAAACUAAUUUUUUUUUUUUACUUUGUAUUAUUACAUUUUCUUAUGCUUUGACAACCUUUAAUUUGACAUUUCAAAACAAGUAUAAGUAUAAAACAAGUAAGAAUUAUGAAAAAUGUCUUUUACAGAAUAUUCAACAUUAAAAAGUUAUAUUGACAAACACAA